AUGUAUGCACGUGCGCGUAAGUGGGAAAUACAUCCCGUCCCAGCUUUUAUCUCGCUGCACACGACUGAUGGAGAUCGCUCCCCGGUCUCGCCCAGGCCUCAUGAAGGACGCUGGCUUUCUAAACCUCCAAAACAUGCCUUAGGGAGUUUUAUUCGCCGGCAUUUUCGCUAUCAGGGAGCAGGCGACCCCACUGCCGGCUCUAGGUGCCGAGGCCGGGCGGCUGGGCCCAAGCAGCCCGGGGCCCCGGGAAACCGCCGCCGCGCACGUGGCCACCCCCGGUUCAGGCCGCAUCCGCCCGCCCAGGGCCCCGCCCGGUACCUUGCGCCGCCGCUGGCCGCUCUCCGCGGCCGCCUCGGUCUCCAUAGGACACUCGAGGUCCGAGUCGGUGUCGCUGCCGGCGCUGAACUGGCUGGCUUCAGGCAUCGCUGCUCCCGGCAACCACGCCACUAUCACCGCCGUAUGUCAGGAACUGAGCCCGCCCGGCGAACCGUCAGCCCUUCCGUCUCCGGGCAACCAGUAGCCUGCGCUUCCGUCUCUGGGCAACCAGUCGCCUGCGCUUCCGCCUCCGAGCAGCCAAUCGCCUGCCGACCCGGUCCCAGGCAGCCAAUCACCAGCCGCUUUCUCCUCCCGACAGCCAAUCGCCUGCCCCCUCAGCAGCUGGACUACAAGACCCAGAAUGCUUCGCAGCUCCCUCGCGGACUACAAGCCCCAGCGUGCCCCUCAGGGCUUUGGGACUCGUGGCUGAUUUGUGCGCUCUCCAGGCGAGGCGAUGGCUACGGGGAGAGGGGGCGUGACUACGCCAGGAUCAAGCCCUCGACUUUGUCACUUGACGCGUCCAAGAUGGCGGCGCUGCGGGCGGUUUUGGGGUGCCGGGGGGCCCCCCUGCCUCGCCCCCUGCCCAGGCAGAGCCGGGGGGCAGCGGGGGACCUGCUGCAGCGCCUGAGCCGCUGGUUCUAUGAUGUGGAGGCGAUGCUGGCAUGGACAGAACAGCGGCGACGGAACCGACUGCGGAACAGGAACGCGCGCUGUGGCUACCUCAGGGACACCUAUGGGGACAACGUGGCAGCUGCCGUCUUCACCCUGGCCUGUGGCGGGGGUGUCAGAUUUGAGGGUCAGGAGCACUGGAUGCGUCCGGAGCACCGCUGGCACGACGAGGUGCUGCGUCUCCGUCACGUCCCUGUGGUGGCCUUGGACCUCAGUGGUUCCACCCUCACCUACGAUGGUUUGGACAAUCUGGUUACGCUGAAUCAGCUGCAGUACCUUGACCUCAGCGGAUGCCCUCACCUCGACGACUGGGCGCUGUCGCGGCUCCAUGUUUUUGGGGAUACCCUGCAGGAGCUGUCAGUGGCUCGGUGUCCCUGUGUUACUGAGAGAGGCCUGGCCACCCUCCACCACCUUCGGAAACUCCGGCGCCUGGACGUGGCAGGGGUGCAGGUGGCCAGCCCAGGGCUGGUUCGUAUCCUGCUGGAGGAGGUGCUGCCAGAAUGCCAAAUCCUGGGCAUGGACAUCAAGGACAGUGUGGGGACAGGAGCUGGGGGCGAAAACCCCCCUGCCUGAGGCUGACAAGGUUUUAGGCUGUAUUAAAUGCCUGGUGGCUGCA